AUGAAUGCCACCAGGGGGUUACGCACAUCUUCACAUAAACUAGGGGAACAGAAGGGGGAAAGAGAUUUCCAACAUCCUGCUUGUACUAACUGUCUGAAGAUCACUCUUUUAGUCUUCCCUUUGCUUCCCCCUCUGGUAAUCGGGUACUCCCCCAAUAAAGGUUCAAAAGUAACAGAAGCAGCUAAGCUCAGAAGUCACGACUCACGCUAUGGGAGUAGACCAAAUUUAAGCGCGUCCAUCGCAAGCUUAAAAAGGUGCUUCACAAAGGAUAGCAGCGCAGAAGAGACCCCAAAGGAAGUCAAGGAAAAAACUGGAGAUAAGGGACGAAAUGUUAUUCGAGAAAAUUGCAGCACGCUUAAAGGAAAAUCUGAAAAAAUAUAUAUGGAACAACAUGGAUGCAUAAAGAUGAGGUAUGACCCAGGAAUAGAUGAUCCAAUUGUAUUGCCAAUUACACGAUUAUCUGAGAGGAAAAUUUCAAAUUAUGCUUCAUGA